AUGGUACUUCAUCGUGCCUUCUUCCGUAGGCCGCAGCCGCGACUCGAGUGGCGAUGCUCCGCUGUGAUUCCCCGUGGGCCCGGGUGCUGGAAAGUGCACGCCCGAAGCGAAAUGUCCUCGCGACGCUUUUGCGCUAUCUUACCUCUCUGCACGUCAACUUCACUGCCGCGCCUACGCAGAAUUCUCCGAAACUACAAUGGAUGGUUUCACUCGGAUGAUGACUUGAUAAAUAAGAUUUGGUAUGCUGGAGCCUACACGAAUCAGUUAUGCACGAUCAACCCGACACAUGGUGAUGCUCUGGUCCAUUUUGGGGGUGGGGCAUUUCAUCUAGCGACAACAUCAGCUUGCCCCAAACUGAUUUAUUGGUGGAGCAUUCACAACAUUACCAGCGGAAGUAGCACCAUCACGGACGGGGCCUAA